GAAGAUCCUUGUCGGCCAUGGUUGAGAGAUUGAGAGUGCGUUUCUCGUUUGUUUCUGUGGUGGAGGGCUGUGUGGUUUGCAGGUUUCUUUUCUCGGUUAAAAAGAGGCGGGCGAGGCGUUUCUGUACAUUGCGUUGCGUUGCUCCUGUGACGACGGCCGCAUGCAAGGCUUGUAGGGUGUGCCUCGGCUACAUUUGCCUUGUCCCCCUACCUGGCCUACUUGUUCGUCAGACAUAUUCUUCCCUUUACUCCCCUCUCGACCUUUCUGCUUGAUCUCUCUCCUUCUCUUUCCGUGUCCCUUCUCCAUACCUGCAACGCCAGCAUCCUACGCACUCGCACAUACGCACGCUCUCUCACAUACGCACGCUCUCUCACCUACGCACCACUGCCUACGCCAUAUCAAUCGAUACCAAUUAGAGCCCAUUAUGAACAUGGAGCGACCGCCCUUGACCGAGGAGGCGCCAGCGCCUAGAUUCUCACACAACUUCUGGGGCAAAGACGAUGCAGGGUAUUCGGCAUUGACAACACGCAUGCGACAUGCCAAGUUGACCUGCCAGGAGAUUCUGGGCAUGUUCCAGGCACGGGCCUCGCUUGAAGAAGAAUAUGGUAAGAAGCUUCUUAAGCUAUCAAAAUCACCGCUUGGAAAGGACGAACUAGGGUCACUGCGCGAAUCACUGGAUGUUGUCAGAUAUGAGAUCGAGGCGACCGGAAAGUCGCACAUCGAGCUGGCGAGCAAAAUGCGGGAUCAAUUGGAGUCCGCAUUGGCAGAGUUCAACAAUAGUCAGAAGGACAAGCGAAAGCUGCAUCAAGCAUCGAUCGACCGAACAUUCAGAAACAAGCAGCUUUACCUACAGCAACUCGUCAAGGCGAAGGAGAAAUACGAUGCAGAGUGCACCAGGACCAAAGGCUUAUCAGCAGCAAAAAUGAAUCUCAUGGGAAAGGAGCUGGACAAAGUCUCGAUGAAGAUAGAAAAGACUGAGCUCGCAUCCAGAGCAGCAGAUGUUGAGUAUCAAGCGAGUAUUCGUCAGCUGUCAGAGAUCAACGAGAAGUGGGUCAUUGAGUGGAGGGCCGCUUGUGAUAAAUUUCAACUUCUUGAGGAGCAGAGAAUAGAUUAUCUGAGAACAACCCUCUGGAACUAUGCCAACAUCAUAUCGAGCACUUGCGUCGCAGAUGAUGAGUCUUGUGAACGUAUACGAUCCUCGCUAGAACUAUGCGAUGUGAACCAGAAUUUGCAAAGUUUUAUUGACACUUGUGCUACUGGCGAAGAUGUACCAGAUACCCCAACGUAUCUGAGCUCCAAGGCACCUGACAGAGCCGACGGCAGCGCUGACAGUCCGGUGAUCUCUCGUGCGCAGCCACAGGAGGCCAGGGUCAGGACUGUUUGUGGGCCGCAUCAGCCCAUACCAAGCAGCGACGGCUCGGAGCCGUCAUCGCGCCGCCAGUCAGUGUACUCAGCGGACUAUAGGUCUGAUACGGAGGGCGCACCGGCCGGAGCUCCUGUCGAAAUGGCGCUCACUAUUGGGGGCAACGUCUUUAAACUUGACCCUCAGACGACAGCGAUGCUUAACCAAGCGGACGACGGAGUAAAUCCCACCUCUGGGGCCUUUACUUCUACUAUCGCAUCCACUGGAGAAAGUUCACCAUAUACACCAGCCGCUGAUGCGCGGCAGUCACUCGGAGAUAACAAUCUAGGGAUCUCGCUGGAUGCAAGCGGCACAGUGAAGGAGAACCGGUUUCCACAUUGGCAGCCUCAAGUCCCCUUACAGGCGCAUCCAACUUCAGUUCAUCCAUUAGCAAAAGUAGGGCACGGGACAACGUAUCCUCAGCAGCAACAGCAUUCCAGCAACAGGAUUUCGGGGGAUAUGACCGCCAUUCAUGCACGCAGUCAGACAAUGCCUGCCCAGAACCAGCCCACGGCGUCCAAUUUUCAUCAUGCCGAGUCCGUCAACCACAUGAGAUCUGCCAGCGGAUCCUACGCGGCCUCGUCGAGGGCAGAUCAGUUUCAUCCGCCUUACCCACAAGCCAUGCAGUUGCCACAUGAUGGUCGGCCGAUCUUGUUUUAUGUGCGUGCUAUAUAUGACUAUGACGCGACAAUACCUGAGGAGUUGAGUCUCAAGGAAGGAGAUAUUCUCGGAGUGCUUCACACAAGAGACGAUGGCUGGUGGGAAGGCAGGCUUUUGGAUGAAUAUCGUAGCCCUGUGAAAGGUUUAUUCCCAAGCAAUUUCACAGAGCCAACUGCAUGAUAUUAAAUGUUGAACGACAUGAUGUGAUCGUAUACAGUCAGCUUGACGACCCGAUCACCAGU